AUGUCACCGCAGUUGUGGACAAGAGACCCCACCAGUACAUCUGCCGCUCCCUUUUGCAGCCCGUUCACCAUACCUCAAGGUUUAUUCAUAGUCAACGAGACGUUUGAGGUCACGCUCACCCAGAAUGGCGUCUUCAGACCGGUGUGCACGGGAGGUUCCUCUGGGAUUGUCCACGGCGGCUUCGGUGACAAUGCCACCGUCACGGACCUUCGGAGGCCUUUCUACUCGUCGACCACUCCCCAAGUAUUUGCUAUCGCAGUGGCUACCGUCAUCAGCUAUUUCUUGGUCAUCCUGAUCUUCAUCACCCCGCGCACCUUUUUCGUGGGUGGCCCAGGAGGAGGGGCUGGUUUCUUAACUCGGAGAGGCUUGAGUGGCAAUUCUUCUGUGGUUGGCGUGGGAAGACGCCCACUGUUGCAAAAGAUCGCUGCGGUUACCGUUGCGAUCUCCAUGACCAUCGCGACAGCCGACACAUUCAAAGUCGUCAAGAGGCAGUACGAGGAAGGAUUUAUGGACUCGGAGGAAAUGGUGCAACAGGUGACCGAAAGCCUCGAGAUUCGCGUUGUGCAAGUCAUUUCCGACACCUUUCUAUGGUUAGCCCAAGUUCAGACUCUUAUUCGCCUCUUCCCACGCCACAAGGAGAAAGUCACCAUCAAGUGGCUGGGUUUUGCUUUGAUUUUGCUCGACGCCAUAUUCAGCAGCUUAAACAACUUCCUCGUAAAUGGCACCAACACCAGACCGACACAGUCUCGCGAUGCGAUUCCAGCACUCAGCUAUUUAUUCGAGCUCGCCAUAGGUUUCAUCUACGCUUCAUGUAUCAUAUACUACUCGAUAUCCAAAUAUCGAUUUGCCUUUUAUCAUGCCAAGAUGCGCAACAUAUGUCUGGUUGCACUGCUCUCGAUAACUUCUGUUCUCAUUCCGGUUGUCUUUUUCGUGAUUGACGUAUCAUCCCCCGAUAUCGCUGCCUGGGGCUUCUACAUUCGCUGGGUCGGUGCGGCGGCGGCAAGUGUGGUAGUCUGGGAAUGGGUGGAGAGAAUUGAAGCAUUAGAGAGGGAUGAGAGAAAGGAUGGAAUACUUGGACGGGAGAUUUACGACGGUGAUGAAAUGCUAGAUGUUACGACGGCGAACGGAGCUGAUUGGCCAAGGAAAAGACGGCUGGACAGCAAUGGCAGUGACGAUGCCGGAAGCGUACCUGGGUUGAAGGAGCGCUUUCGAGCCAAGAACCGUUCUCUCCGCCUGCGGACGCUCUUGCACAGCCGCAUGAAGCCAUCUGGAACUGUCGCUCCAGCAGCCGACGACAAUGAGGCGGCGCCUUCAGCGGCCGAGCAGAAUGUAUCACGGCCUGCGCUUCCAGCCGCAGUUGCUACGCCAGUGAGCAGGGCAGAGACUACGAGUGCAGCAAGUACUGUCUAUGCUGUUCGUUAUCAUAACUUGCACAAUCCAUCUCCUCAGAUACUGGAGGAUGGCCCGUACGAAUCGAUGGAAUCAAAUCAGAUUUUGAAUGAGUCUACUCCAGGAAACACAGUGAGUGAAAAGGCCAUCGAACGCACCGGCACAGAACAGGAUACAAGGGGCAUGGAAACCCAACUUAGGCGUAAUUCACGCCCGCUAUGGACUGUUGUGAGUAACCCGUUCAAGAGGAAAAGGGUUUAUCCACCUGCAGAAGUGGCUGGGGCACAAGUGUUGGAUAGAAACUCUCAGCGUCGUUCGCCAGCAGCAUUGGUCAACCCAGAAAAAUGGAACAUCAGGUCAAAGAUGGAUGCUUUCACUGCCGUCCAAAGAGACAAACUUCGCUCUCGUCGCCAGGCUGGGAAAGCUGAUGAUCCGCUUCCUGUGACAAUCAUUCCAGCUCAGCCGCGAGGUACGAGGACAUGGUCUCCCGAUGAUCUCGCCAAAAUCACAAGUGUGCCGACUCACAGCGGUGUCGGACCCUCGCACGACCCUUUACAGCUGCCAAGAAGUCAUGAUCCGAGCAGUGUCAAUGUUGUUGUCGGAGCAGCUCGAGAAUGGCAAACAUCGUCUCCCGAAGUCAUGCACCACCAUCAAGAGCCACUGCCUCGGGGAGACCGCUACAGUCCUGUAUUCCAAGGACACAAUGAUCCUACAGAGGGGCCUAUGCCUGCUCUCAAUGUCGCUCCUACUGGUAAGGACCUCGUUUGUGAGGCUCGUGAGCCUGAGCAUAUCGAUCCGCCAUCUACCAUUAGGGACAGCAGCUUUGAUGAUGUGGAUGGAUCCGGCCAUUUGAGUACGAAUAUCUCAAUUCGCGCGGAGGGCGUGCUUGCCUCGAACUCAAGGCGGCCGAGUCAGGAGGCAGAUGGAGAGGCCGGUGACACGAGCUGCGUAACCUCAGUGAGAUCGGGCAUACCAACUACCCCGUCACCACAGCAUCUUCAGCUUCCCCCACCGGACCUUUCACAGGAGUCAGCAGACCCUGGAACAGAGCCUGCGGAUGGAAAAUCCAGUGUUUCAACCAGCCACACGGAUCACCUCGCUGACGAAGCAGCCGGAUCCGCAGAGGCAAAGCAGCAUUAA